UGUGACGUCAAACUAAUAUGGCGGCGCCCUGUGUUUUCGUGGUUUCGCGAGUUUCGCUUUGAUCUUUGACAGAUCACUGGGAAACCAUAUAUCCGCGUGAACACAUUUGGACAUGCUACGCAAAUGGUGACAUUGUUCAACGUUGAGAAAUCUCUUGUACCUCAUUUCGAAGAGAUAUUGAAGGAUAUUGACGAGAAUGAGGGGAAGACAGAAAAACCAAAGACGAUUCGGACAAACAGGAUUCGAGGCAUAUGGAGGAUAUAUGUCUGCGAAGAUACGAAAGCUAGAGGACCAGUUUCAAAGAGGUGUAGAAAACGAAGCUCAUGAAAGCUCUAGGACUGGCAUUUUUGAUGGCAUAUCUGUAUUUGUGAAUGGAUACACAGGUAAAUUUUCAGCUCCUCCUGAACUACCUGCAAACAUUUGGUUUCGCAUAACUUUUUUUUUUUUUUUCAACACAGACCCUUCUGCUGAAACGAUAAAGCGAAUCAUGUCGAAUAAUGGAGGAACCUAUCAACACUAUUAUCAGCGAAAGCCCAAUUGUUACGUGAUAGCUUCUAGCCUUUCCCAAGCUAAGCAGAAAGAACUGAGAGAUCAAGUUGUUUCUCCAAAGUGGAUCUCAGACAGUGUUGCAGCUGGAAAACUCCUCCCUGUGUCGCAGUACCUCCUCUUUUCGCCUUCGUUGAAAGGCGGACAACAAAGGAUUGAAAGUGUCGUGCAGGGAAGCGCUCUUGAGGCAGAUCAAAGAUCAGGCAUCAAAGCAGAAGCGAGAGAGGAUGACAAAAUCACGGUACAAAAUGAAAAGGACAGUUCUGCACAUCACAACAUCCUGUGCAGUGAAAAUACAUCGGCGGGUCACGCUCGGUCACACAAUUCGGGCGAUCCGAAUUUUCUCGAACAGUUCUACAGCAGGUCUAGGUUGCACCACAUUUCGACGGCUAGCAUUAAGCUGCGAGAGUACGUGGAAGAGUUACGGUCCAACAGCAGUGGGGUUUUCGAAGGUGCCAAGAGGUUGGGAGAGAGACUUAGAAGCGGUCCUGUAAGAGAGCUGUACGAUUCCCAAGAUACAGUGCUGAUGCACAUUGACAUGGACUGCUUCUUCGUCUCAGUUGGUCUCCGUACACGACCCGAACUUAAAGGGACACCAGUAGCAGUCUGCCACGCAAAGAGCUACGACAGUAAAUAUCCUGCUGGGAACGCGGUCGUGAAAGAGGACUCUAGAUCCGAGGUGGCCAGUUGCAGCUACGAAGCGCGGAAGGCUGGAGUUCGAAGCGGCAUGUUUCUGGGUCAGGCGCGGAAGUUGUGUCCGAGUCUGCGCACGAUACCGUACGACUUCGAGGGUUACGACGAAGUAUCGAAAAUGCUUUACGGCAUUGUUGCAAGCUAUACAUUGGACAUUGAAGCCAUUAGCUGUGAUGAGCUGUAUGCAGAUGUGUCGAAGCUUCUGCAUGAACUUCAGUGCCAUCCAGAAGAGUUUGCUUCCCAUCUGAGGAAGGAAAUUGAAGAGAAAACAUUAUGCACAGCAUCUGCCGGAUUAGGUCCCAAUAUGCUUGCAGCACGAGUUGCAAACAGGUCUGCAAAGCCAAAUGGACAUCGGUUUGUGUGUGCGCGGGAUCUCCCAGAUUUUUUCAGGACGGUCUCAGUAAAGGAUCUUCCCGGGGUCGGCUACAAAUUGCAAUCUGAGCUUUCCAAACUACACGUUGAAACAUGUGAGCAGCUUCAGGCAUUCUCCUUGGAGUCCUUGAGAUCGAAAUUUGGAGUCAAGACUGGGACAUGCUUGUAUGAGCAUGCAAGGGGAAUUGACAAAAGAACUCUGCAGCAACAUAAAGUGAGAAAGUCUGUUUCUGCAGAGGUGAACUAUGGAAUUCGAUUUACACAGGAAGACGACAUGAACAGCUUCAUCGCUCAACUUUCCAAAGAAGUAGAGAAGCGCCUUCAUGAAGCGAAAGUUCGGGGACGCACUAUUACAUUAAAGCUCAAGGUACGUUCUAAAGAGGCACCAAUUGAACCAGCAAAGUUUAUGGGACAUGGCUCGUGUGACAACAUUGCCAAGUCUGCUAACCUGCUGACGGCGACAGAUGAUGCUAGCGUAAUUGCAAAGGAGUGCUGCAAUUUAGCAGCUCAGUUAUCCCUGAUCCCUGAAGACAUCAGAGGGGUUGGAAUCCAAGUUGGAAAGCUGGAACAGUGCCCUGCCAUGGGGUGCCCAAGAAGGACACUGCUGGAGUACGUAGGAGCGAGUACAGCUCCUCGGCCGAAGCAAGAACCCAGUAUUAAGGAUGGAGUGAUGCGUACCAGUGAUGACCUUCCUUCAGUACCAUGUAUGUCAGCCACAACAGUGACGAAAAGUGUGGGCAGAACCGAGGAAAGGAACCAGCCUCAGGGUCAGCAAGGUCAAAGCGUGGCACUGCCCGAGUUUAGUGAGAUUGACCAGUCGGUCCUUGAAAGCCUUCCUGAAGAAAUAAGGAACGAAGUAUUGACAAUGUACAAAGGAAGAGGGCAGUACGGCAAACAAACAAAGAAGCCCCCUCAAAGACAAGUUGGAAGGCCUCCAAAAAGCAGCCCUCAGAAGAGUAUGCCUUCUUGUUCAUUGAAAAGUUAUAUGACGUCUGCAUCCACAUCUUCGAACGUUCCAAAGAAGGUGACACUGGUGGACAACAUAAGCCAUGUCAUCGAGGAAAGGUCAAAGUCCGACGAACUUAGGCAGCUCCUCAAGGAAUGGAUUCAUUCUGGAGAAGAAAUCCUGAACUCGGAUAUCGAGGCAUGGGCAGCAGUGUUGACAAAAGUUGUUCACGAAAGGAACCUGGAGAAAGUGGACCACCUGCUCAAGUUCUUUUAUAGGCACGUUGAACAGACUGGCAACUCAAAAUGGAGGGAUGCGUACAUGGCGGUCGUAAAUAUCGUGCAAGUUGAUAUUCUGCAAGAAUUUGGUUAUUUUAUGAAAGUUCAGACCUUUUAGCAUGCGAGCACCUUUUGUAUAGUUUUAAAUUUUGUACAGUUUAUUUUUUUUACCUUGGCUAUGCAGCAGUUUACAUUCAGCGUAAUGCGGAGCGUGGUAUUGAUAAAUAAGAUUCCUACCUCUUCCUUAAGAUGCUGGGAUGCCCUUUUUGUGGAGCGGGCCAUAAGAUUGAAUAAGGAUUUUAAGCAAUAUUGUAGAUGACACUAACUGAUUUGAGGAACGACAGCGAAUUUUGCGUAGAGCAGUCCUUGUGUAACGUGCGGUGCCUCGACAAAAAGGUACGUGCGCGCAAAUUCGAAGGGGGGGGGGGGGAAAGAAGGGGGCUGCAUAAGUUACAUUUUCUGUAUAUAGCAAGUAUCAGUCCCCGAAUUUAGGACGCUGAGGCUGAGCUGCAUACAUUAAGAAUCUUACAAAAGCCAGUAGUUUAUGCUGAAUAUUGCCUCAAGAAUUAGCCUUCAUUUUAUAUUGGUAAGAAUGGUGCUAAUUUUAUAAUGCAUCAUAAUGUAAAUAAAGGCUAUCUUUGUCAUGCAUGUAAAGAGUGGCUGUAGGAAAGCAGAUGUGUACAAUUUUGUUAUGUCACUUCUGCCUGUGUCACCCUGUUCUGUAGAACGCCACUUACUGAUUGCUUUAUUGCUAAGGCUGUCUAAAGUAUGCAAGCAGCAGUGCAUUUUUAUCUUUGUUUUCUGCAAGAACACAAUGUUUUGAAAUGCAAAGCAGGAAAAAAAUUGACACCUACA